GGGUGCGAAAAGAGGCGAGACAACAUGCCUCAGUUGUCAGGCGGAGGGGAUCCGGAGCUGUGCGCCACCGAUGAAAUGAUCCCCUUCAAGGACGAGGGAGAGCCGCACAAGGAGCAGAUCUUCGCCGAGCUCAGCCACUCGGAGGAGGAGGGAGACCUGGCGGACAUCAAGUCGUCGCUGGUCAACGAGUCCGAGGGAAGCCCGAACAGUAACAGCCUCGAUGCGGCGAGACAGUCCCAAGACUCGUAUCACGAAAAGCACAGAGAGCAUCCCGACGAUGUCAAACAUCAGGACUUGUACAUCAAAGGCCACUCGUACCCGGGCUACUCCAGCUACAUCAUGAUGGGCAACAUGAAUGACUCCUACAUGAGCAAUGGUGGCUCCCUUUCUCCGCCCAUGCCCAGAACGUCCAACAAAGUUCCCGUGGUGCAGCCGUCCCACGCCGUCCAUCCUCUCACCCCGCUGAUCACGUACAGCGACGAGCACUUCGCCCCGGGUUCCCAUUGCGGCCAUCACCCUCAGGAUACCAAACCGCAAGGACUCUCCCGGCAUCAUCCAGGACCAGACAUGGCCAACUUCUACUCACUGUCUCCAGGCGGAGUGGGACAGCUCACGCCACCACUAGGAUGGUUCUCCCACCACAUGGUCCCGGGACCGCCCGGUCCUCACGCCACGGGGAUCCCCCACCCGGCCAUCGUCAACCCCCAGGUCAAACACGAGCCCCUGCACGAAACCGACAUCAUGCACAUGAAGCCCCAGCACGAACAGAGGAAGGAACAGGAACCCAAAAGACCGCACAUCAAGAAGCCCCUCAACGCCUUCAUGCUUUACAUGAAGGAGAUGCGCGCCAACGUGGUGGCUGAGUGCACGCUGAAAGAAAGCGCCGCCAUCAAUCAGAUUUUGGGACGGCGGUGGCACGCGUUAUCUCGGGAAGAGCAGGCUAAGUAUUACGAGUUAGCCCGCAAGGAACGACAGCUCCACAUGCAACUCUACCCAGGCUGGUCUGCGCGAGACAACUAUGGGAAGAAGAAGAAGCGGAAGCGGGAGAAGAUCCAGGAGUCGGCCACCGGAGGAAAACGGAACAACUUCUCCUCAUGCAAAGCGAAGGCAGCCGCUGCGGGGCCUCUGCUCGAGAUGGAGGCCUGCUAA